UGCUUUUUCUUACUUUCAAACCCUAGCUGUUUGUACUACUAUUCUUUUUAGCUCUUACUCAGAUCUCUUUUUUACUUUUCUAUUAAAUUCUUCUUCGUCGACACAACUAAUAGGAAGAUUAUAAUGGCCGGAAAGGGAGAAGGACCGGCGAUCGGAAUCGAUCUCGGAACCACUUACUCCUGCGUCGGAGUAUGGCAACACGACCGUGUUGAGAUCAUAGCUAAUGACCAGGGUAACAGAACGACGCCGUCUUACGUCGCUUUUACCGAUACGGAGCGUUUGAUCGGUGAUGCGGCUAAGAACCAGGUCGCCAUGAACCCUACCAACACCGUCUUCGAUGCCAAGAGGUUGAUUGGACGGAGAUUUAGUGAUGCCUCAGUUCAGAGUGAUAUUAAAUUGUGGCCGUUCAAGGUCUUUAAUGGACCUGGCGAGAAGCCCAUGAUUUGUGUCAACUACAAGGGUGAGGAGAAGCAAUUUGCUGCUGAAGAAAUCUCAUCCAUGGUUCUAAUGAAGAUGCGUGAGAUUGCUGAGGCUUACCUAGGUUUCCAAAUCAAGAAUGCAGUGGUCACUGUUCCAGCAUACUUCAAUGACUCUCAGCGUCAGGCUACCAAGGAUGCUGGUGUCAUUGCUGGUCUUAAUGUCAUGCGUAUUAUUAAUGAGCCCACUGCUGCGGCCAUUGCUUAUGGUCUUGAUAAGAAGGCAACAAGUGUCGGCGAGAAGAAUGUUUUGAUUUUUGAUCUUGGUGGUGGUACCUUUGAUGUGUCUCUUCUUACUAUUGAAGAGGGUAUCUUUGAAGUGAAAGCCACUGCUGGUGACACCCAUCUUGGUGGUGAAGAUUUUGAUAACAGAAUGGUGAAUCAUUUUGUCCAGGAGUUUAAGAGGAAGAACAAGAAGGACAUCAGUGGCAACCCAAGAGCUCUUAGGAGAUUGAGGACAUCAUGUGAGAGGGCAAAGAGAACUCUCUCAUCCACUGCCCAGACUACCAUUGAAAUUGAUUCUUUGUAUGAAGGAAUUGAUUUCUACUCCACCAUUACUCGUGCCAGAUUUGAGGAGCUUAACAUGGAUCUCUUCAGGAAGUGUAUGGAACCUGUUGAGAAGUGUUUGAGAGAUGCCAAGAUGGACAAGAGCACAAUCCACGAUGCUGUCCUUGUUGGUGGUUCAACUAGAAUUCCCAAGGUCCAGCAGCUUUUACAAGACUUCUUUAACGGGAAGGAGCUCUGCAAGAGCAUCAACCCUGAUGAGGCCGUUGCUUAUGGUGCUGCAGUCCAGGCAGCUAUUUUGAGCGGUGAGGGCAAUGAGAAGGUGCAGGAUCUUCUGCUCUUGGAUGUUACCCCUCUCUCCCUUGGUUUGGAAACUGCCGGUGGUGUCAUGACUGUGUUGAUUCCCAGGAACACUACCAUCCCCACAAAGAAGGAACAGGUGUUCUCUACCUAUUCCGAUAACCAGCCUGGUGUGUUGAUCCAGGUCUAUGAGGGUGAAAGAACGAGGACCAGGGACAACAAUUUGCUUGGUAAAUUUGAGCUUUCAGGAAUCCCUCCUGCUCCCAGGGGUGUUCCUCAAAUCACAGUGUGCUUUGACAUUGAUGCCAACGGUAUCUUGAAUGUGUCUGCUGAGGACAAGACAACCGGUCAAAAGAACAAGAUCACCAUUACCAAUGACAAGGGUAGACUCUCAAAGGAUGAAAUCGAGAAGAUGGUCCAAGAGGCAGAGAAAUACAAGUCUGAGGAUGAAGAGCACAAAAAGAAGGUCGAGACCAAGAAUGCUUUGGAGAAUUACGCAUACAACAUGAGGAACACAGUGAAGGAUGAGAAGAUUGGCGCCAAGCUUCCACCAGCUGAUAAGAAGAAGAUCGAGGAUGCCAUUGAGCAGGCGAUCCAAUGGUUAGACAGCAACCAGCUUGCAGAGGCUGAUGAGUUUGAAGACAAGAUGAAGGAGUUGGAGAGUAUCUGCAACCCAAUCAUUGCCAAGAUGUACCAAGGUGCUGGUGGUGAAAUGCCCGGAGCUGAUGAUGAUGUACCUGCUGGAGGAAGUGGUGCUGGCCCCAAGAUUGAGGAAGUCGACUAAAUUUCUGAGCGGCAUUCCUUAUAGUAUCGUAGGCGGUUAUUUUAAAUUUCAAGCUGUUUGUUUAUCUUAAUUUUGACUCUCAAUUGGGGCUUUGAAGUUCUCGGUAAUUUUGUUCAAAGCUAUUUUAUAUGUCCUAUGCUGCCACUACUUUCUGUUACUGAUUAUUGUGGCAUUGAUGCCUGGAACUAUUUCAUUGCCAGGCCUUUCUUAUAUUUUUAAAUUAAGUGUUUACAUUUAGACACA